AUGUCAAAUGUCGAUAUAUCAAGUGAUGGCCUCAUCGUCGAUUACGACUCCAGAGGUUAUCUCCCGCAAUCAUGGCCCGUAGCGGUCGACCAGAACCCCUCGCGCCCGGAAGACGCCCAUGAUCUGUCGCCGCUUCAAACCAGCGGUCACCCCCUGGAACAGUCGGUGGCCCAGGAUCCCAACCUGAUGGUCGACUGGCACUACCACCACCAACUUCAACAGACCCCUCACCAUCACCCACAAUUAUCAUAUUCACCCGAGGAUCCAUCGUCAGCGCCCCAGUUCACGGCCGCCAGCUAUGGAAUGGCCAUUCAGUCGUCGCCGGUGGAUCUCAUGUCCGCCGGUCCGCAAGGUCAAAUGAGUGCUGGUCUGCUCGAUUCCUAUCAUCUUCCACUGUCCGCCCCCGUCGACAUGGUGCCUUUUACCUAUCACGAUUUCCAGGCCGAUCUGAUGACUUUCAACGGAUUGCCGGAUGUUUCAUAUGCCGCCCCGCACCCCAUCUUGGAGAGCAGUUCCCCGACGGACACCUAUCUCGAGGUCCGUUCGUUAUCCAGUAGCGACAAUGGAUGGAGCACCGUGGACCACCGCCGCUCGCUGGAUUUCGGUUUCCCAGAGCAGGGCAUUUUUGUCAACCCCACUCAGACAUUGCACGAUCGGAGUCUUUCAGAAUCGUCUUACUCGACUUCUUACAACAGCUUCGUCGAUAUCGCCAAUCCCAUCAGUUCCCCCGGUUCUGACGGCCACAUGGACUUCCCGUACAACAACCAUAGCGCUGCUCUCAGCCUGGCCACUUCCCCGACAAGUACCUCCAUGGUCCACCGUGUGACCGAGGAGCAAUCGUCGCCCGUCUCUGGUUCUGGUUCUGGUUCUGGUUCUGGUUCUGGUUCUGGUUCUCGCUCCCCGUCAGCGGUCAGCCCCAGUGCGAUGGUCCGCCCAAUUCCUGUUCCUAUUAAGAAGUCAACCUCACCCACUCGCUCAUCGGGUUCGCACUCAUCUGCUUCGCCCCCCAGCAGGAAACCAUCUCGUAAGAGUCCCAUUGCCGCCAAGACAGCCGAGACCAAGAUCCGCAAGCAAUCUCAAACCGGCAAGCCCGAGACGACUGAGAAGCGGGUCGGCAAGCGUAAGGGUCCUCUCAAGCCCGACCAGCGUAAGCAAGCCAGUGAGAUCCGGAAGCUGCGUGCCUGUCUGCGUUGCAAGUUCCUGAAGAAGACCUGUGACAAGGGUGAGCCUUGUGCGGGCUGCCAGCCGUCGCAUGCCCGUCUGUGGCAGGUUCCCUGCACACGCAUUGAUAUUAAAGAGAUUGGCUAUUUCAUGAAGGACUGGAAGGCGGAUUACGAACGACACAUUUCGAUGGGAUUCUCGGUCGGCAACAUCAAGGGAUUCUCCGAUCAAGAACGCACCCUGUAUAUCACUCACGGAUAUGGCCAGAUCUUGCCGAUUGCCGCACGGGAGGUCUUCGUCCGGGAUGAGCAGUGCUUCACCGUCGACUGGGUCGAGUCGAUCCACCGCGAGCCGACACCAUACGAGGUCGAGACCGCGAAGCUCUCUGCCGGUAUGGAGGGUAUCUCCCACGCCAUGCUGUCGGACUACCUGGACCGCCACAUCGAUGGCAACGGCACCUUUGAGAAGUUCGUUGACGACUACUUCGAGGGAACCCCGUUCCUGACCCAGAUGUUGAAGACCGCUUUCCGCUACUACUACCGCACCAAGCUGCCCGUCAUCCGCAAGGCCCUCAAGCUGAUCAUCGCCUACAACUUGACCCUGCACGUCACUAUGGUCGAGGGACUGGGUGAUGAAGAUGGAUUCCUCGGUCGGAUUAACGAGCCGAGCUCCAAGUUCAGCGGCAAGACCAUGGCCCCCGUCAUGAUCAACUUCCAGAUCAAGUGCGCCAUGGCCAGCAUGUGGCGCGAGCUGCAAAAGGAUGUCUUGGAGGAGCUGUCGGCCUUGUACUCCAGUGUGUACAGUGGUGAUAAGUUGAAGAACUGGCCCACCAUCUUCGUGCUAGCUUCGAUUCUCUUGGCUGUCUGGGAGGAGAUGCAGUUUGAUUGCCACUACCGCACACCCGAUCAGGCUGCCGUGGAUAAGUUCUGCACUGACAUGGAGACCACCCCGGUCGGUGUCAUUGUCGGACUCUUCCAGGCUAUUUCCCAGAAGCUGCCUCCCUUCACCGAGUGGGACUCGCAGAAGCACCACCACCUUCUAUACUCCAACCCUGAUGUUUGCAACACGAUGACCGAGGUCCGCCAACAUGUCGAGCAACACGAGAGCUACCUCCGUGGCCGCACCGGCACCCAAUUCGACCGCGGCGACUUCGACUGCCUGUCGAAUAAAUUCGUGUCUCGCCUGGUCAUCCGUGCCAACUAAACACCCUUUUCCAAACGAACGACGCGCAUGCACAUGAUGAGCGAACGAUCAAUGCAUUCUUUUUUAACUCUCACGACUACUGCUUUACUUUGCCAACCAGCGAGAUCUCAGUCCCAGCGAUUUAUUCUGUUUUUACACGCAACCAACGACCUGGAUGACUCAAGACACCCUCCCUCUCCCAAAUUACGCUAGUCGUGAUCGAUGCGCCAGCGCGUCUUCCCUUACGCUCCUUAUAACGAAUUAUCACGAUCGCAUGAUCUGAUCUUGUUUUUAUUCCACCGCUCCUAGAGAGUCGGUUGCUUCUCAGCCUCUGUGUUUUCCCCCGUGUUUUUAUUUCUUUUGCAUCGUGGUUCCUGGGAACUACUCCUUCCUUCCUAUUAUCUCUCUUUCUGUCUCGAGUUAUCUUGUGUGCUUUCUUUGUGCUAUUUUAUUUACUCUGUCUAUUGACUGUUGUCUAUUGUGGUAUACCUUUCUCGCAUAGCUUCCAGCGAUGAACGAGGAUCACGAACGUUAUGAACCGUGUACGGCCGACUGUGUGUUGCGCUUGUUUUUGUUAUUAUUGUGUUUUGUGGCCGUGGGGUCUUGUCUAUCCUGUUCUGGUAGUUCUCCGUGAUGUGAUGUUGCGAGGAACUACUUUGGAUGGAAUGGCAGGCUCUGUCCAUGCUGAGCCACAGAUAAUCCGAAUUCGUGUUGAGGUUUUUGGUUUUUUUUUUUUUUUUUUUAGGAGUGGUGAGGAAAAUGGCGUCGAAGGGUUGAAUUUCCCCGUCUUUACGCCUGUGGGAUCGUGUCUAUAUAUCGAUAUCUUUUAUUUUAUAUCCUUCUUCUGUCC